AUGCCCAACGAGGCUAUCUACCUUGACGCUAAUGCAAAUGCCGUUGCUACCCCGAGUGCUCUGCGCGAGAACCUGUUCAUGAUUUUCAUCACAUUGGCUCAGCUUGUUCAAAUGAUUCCACUAGUCGGUUUGAAUCGUGGCGUCUACCCUCUCACGCAGGGAGCAUUUAUCCUUAUUGGCGGUCGUCUUGGGGCAGUAUAUGGCCACAAGAAUAUUUUCGCAGCUGGGUGUGUUUGGUGGGUCUUGUGGGCCUUAUGCGGGGGAUUUGCCAAUAACCUAGUCUCCAUGUGCUUCAUGAGAGGUCUCUGUGGAAUUGGAGGAGUAUUGAUGAUCCCGAAUAUUGUCGCCCUUCUCGGGAUUACAUUUCCACCAGGCAAAAAGCGGAACCUUGGCUUCGCUCUCUUCAGCGCCAUGGCGCCUGUCGGUGCCGCAGGUGGCUCACUUGUUUCUGCAGUCAUCGUUCAGCUGUCGGAGUGGAAGUGGCUAUUCUUCAUGCUGGGUUUGCUGGGGUUUGUGGUCUACGGCACCGCCAUUGUCGCUGUUCCGCCGGAUGAUCCCGUUGAUCCAAAUGGUGAUGUGGACUGGAUUGGAGCCUACCUUGGCGUUGGUGGCCUCAUCUUGUUCAACUUUGUCUGGAACCAGGCACCUCUCGUGGGGUGGAAGAGUCCUUACGAAAUUACCCUUCUCAUCGUUUCGGUCCUUCACUUCGCGGCCUUCUCCUACUGGGAAAUGAAAGUCGCCAAGGAACCAAUUUUACCAUUUAAUAUCUGGAAAGCGCCUUCGUUUGGUCCCCUCGUUCUUACAACCUUCUUCUCAUUCAUGGGUCUGGGUAUAUACUUCUGGUACAUGAACAUCUAUAUGAUCACCAUCCGUGGGGACAACCUCAUUCGGGUGGGUGUCCAGUACUUACCGUUGACAAUUGUCGGAUGCAUGGUAGCCUUUCUAGCCGCCUGGCUAGUUCCCCGAGUUCCCACACAAGUCAUCAUUGGCCUGGGUUGUCUGGCUAUGACAACCAUUAAUAUCCUCCUCGCCACCAUCCCAGAGAAACUGGCCUACUGGGCCAUGGCAUUCCCCGCUAUUGCACAGAUCAUCGCUAGCAACACAGUCCCGAUGAAACACCAAGGCGUCGCUGGAUCUUUGGUGGGCACCCUACUCAGCUAUGGUAUGAGUACUGGGCUCGGAUUCGCAAGCACGGUCGAGGUGAACACCUUCGAUGGUGGAAAGAAUCUCCUGAAAGGCUACCACUGUGCUGCAUAUCUGGCAGUGGGUCUGGGCGCUGCCUCACUGAUUAUGGUUGCCUGCUUCAUUCGCAUCCCGAAGGAUAAUCGCGAGGGCUGGGAGGAGACCGAAAUGGCAGAGUAA